AUGGUCUCUGCAGUUCCAAUCCUCAUAGGGACCAACUUCUCAGAAUGGAAAGAGAAAGUUGAGUUCACAUUAGGAGUACUUGAUCUGGAUUUGGCACUUCGUCAAGAUGAGCCAGAUCCAGUGACUGAUGAAAGUACUGAGGAAGAAUAUCAACUCCAUAAAGCAUGGGAGAGAGCGAACAGGCUGAGCAUAAUGUUCUUAAGGAUGACAAUUGCUAGUAACAUUAAGUCUUCCCUUCCGACUGCAGAUAAAGCUAAGGCUUAUCUUGCAGCCAUAGAAGAACGGUUUAAGACUGCAGACAAAUCCCUUGCUGGGAAACUUAUGGCAGAUCUUACAACCAUGAAGCAUGAUGGCACAAGUGUGGAUGAUUCUUUUCUUGUCCAGUUUAUCCUGAAUUCUUUGCCUCCUCAGUAUGGACCAUUCCAGAUCAAUUACAACGCCAUUGAUGAAAAAUGGACGUCUAAUGAAUUGACUAGUAAGUUGGUUCAAGAGGAGUCUAGGCUUGGCCGUGAAGGCAUUAGGGUUGCCAUCAUGUCCAAGGAGCUGGUUUUAAAGCUGGGAAUAGGCAUCAAGUGGGCCAUAAAAGAGCACCACCCAGAAUGA